GAGGUUCCAGCAUUUGCAACAGUUACCUUCUCACAAUCAUUGAAGUCCCCAGAGCAGUUGAUAGACCGUUAUUUACACAUGUUUUUACCCCUGUUCUUACACCGUUUGAGAUGUGAUUUCUCGUGUUUUAGGCCGAUUUCACGCUAGGUUGUGCUUGUUUGUCAUAUUUCAGGUCCUAGUACGUGAAUGAAGGCUUAGGAGCGAUUCUGGGGUCGAUUGGACGAAGAACGGACGAAUGGCGAGGUUUUUGGGAGCUGCACGGGCAGACCAGAGGGGCUGCACGGCCGUGCACGGUUGCAAUCUGGCCGUGCGCCUCAUGCCGAGGAGCUGCACGGGCAGGCCCUGAAGAUUGCACGGCCGUGCAAGAAGUCUGAGUUCAAUUAAGGGAUACGCUGCGUUUCAUGGUGCACGGCCAGAAUGGUGAGGUGCACGGCCGUGCACCCUGGCCGUGCAACUCGGGAAAACCCGGUUUUAAAGCCUAAUCCGAGCCAGAAGUGAGAGAACAGUGUUUUCAGAGCAAAAACAGAGCCCUAGAGAGAGAAAGUACGAAGAACACAUCCUAGAAGCUGUCUUAGAGCUGGAUUUCAUCGAAUCGAGCCUGGAAAUCGUCAUAGGAGUGAAAAUCAUCGUCCCGGAGCAGAUUAUCCUCAUCGUUAUGAGUAUGACUAAUCCGAUUCUUGUUUUAUCUUCUCUCUCUAUGGAGUAGAACCCUUCUCUCACUUGGGGAUGAAGAACCCUAGUUCUAUGUGUUAGGGGAUUGAUUGUAAUGACUUGGGAUGAUACUACUGUUUGAUUUUAAUCGAAUGAUGCAUGUUUCAUGAAUUGAUUUGAGUCUGAUCAGCUUGUCUCAAUUUCUGCUUCAACCUGAGAUAGAUAGAAUCUGAUUAGGUUGUUAGAGCCUCUUCAUUCGAUAGUAGGAGGUUGGCUAUACGAGAGUUAGCCAGUUUACUGCUUUGUACUGGUGUUCUUGGCGCCAGUAGUGGAGUUCUGUGUUCAUAGCCUCAGCUUUCUAUCCCGGUGAAAACUAGUCGUCUGCCGGGUAGUUAGACUGAGAGGGCUUGGUCAGCUUAAGAGAUUCCAAGCUACUGUCGGAUCUUCCGCAGUCUAAUCAACAGUAAAUCAACCCAGGGUAAAUUGCAAUUGAAACCUAACUAAAGAGCUAGGGGGAUUCAUUCCCGAGUGACUCUUUCCUGCUUAAGAAAACCGAAUAAUUUCCUGCUUUAUUUCUGCUUUUAGUUUAAACAACAAUCACUUACUCUAGUUGGCUAGAUAACAGAGAAUCACUGAGUAAGCAGUAGAUCUAGACCCCGGGUUGAUAAUAUAACUUGCCUGUUACUACAUUCCCGGUCUGCGAUUACACUUGGUCGCAGAUUGGUGUUGUGUGUUGGCGUGUCAAGUUUUUGGCGCCGUUGCCGGGGGACCCUCUAGGUUAUUGGGGAAACGUGAGAAUUUGUUACUCUAGCUUUUAUUUUCUGCUUUUUAUUUCUUCCACCUGUGUACCUUCACGGGUUGUUUCUGCUGAUUGUGUGCAGGUAGUGCAUGACCCGUAGCCAGUCGGGAGAUCUACUACCACUAGACCAGGAGCUUGAACGAACCUGCAGAAACUUCAAGCGGGCUCUAAAGGCGCGACUGGCUGCGGAGGAGGUGCUAUCACAGCUGCAGUUAGAGGAGCAAGAAGAAGAGAUGGCUGAACCAGGGAACCAUGCUGUGAUCCCCGAGGAGGAGACCAUGGGCUCCUACUGGACCGCUAGGGCUGCGGACAUGAGGUCACCCAUUCAGCACCCUCAGGUCCCAGCCAACAACUUUGAGGUGAGCACCUCCGUGAUCACCAUGCUGCGCGGUUCAGUAGUGUUCCGUGGUAAGGAGGGAGAGUGCCCUCGAUCACAUCUCAGGCGAUUCCACGAGCUCAUCGAUGGAAUCAAGAUCAAUGGGGUACCAGCAGAUGCCAUCCAGCUGAGGUACUUCCCAUUCACUCUGGAGGGGCAGGCCAAGGAGUGGCUAGACACUCGAUCUCCGGGCUCCAUCACCACGUUCGCCAACCUGGCGGACAAGUUCCUCACCCGCUACCAUCCUCCAUCCAAGACAGCUGACCUGCAGAAGCAAAUUACACAUUUUGUUCAGGAUGAGGAUGAGACCAUCAGGGAUGCAUGGGAGAGGUACAACAGUCUUUUCCUCAGGUGUCCAAAUCAUGGUUUCAACGAUGCGUUCAAGGUGGGCACCUUCUAUCACGCCCUCUUCCCGGAGGACAAGCAGCUGAUCGAUUCGGUUUGUGGCGGGAACAUGCUGACCAAAACCCCGCCACAGCUGAAUCAACUCUUUGAAGAGAUGGCGGAGAAUGGUUAUGAUUGGGGCACUGCCAGGAGAUCGAGGAGAGCACCAGGACGGGGUGUGCAUGCUGUGGGCACCCAGUCAUCCGAUUUGGUGCAGGUAGUAUCGAAGCUGGUCUCAGCUAUCGAUCGUUCCGGGAUGAUUCCAGGGACCGGACAGCAGCAGGCGAUGCUCUGCCAGUGGUGCGAGAGCACCCAUCAUAUGGUGGAAGACUGCCAGGCGAUGAAGGAAUCGACCACGCCCCAGGAGCAGGUGAACUUCAUCAACAAUGUCAGGCGCAAUGACCCCUACAGCAACACGUACAAUGAGGGGUGGCGCCAGCAUCCUAACUUCUCCUGGACUGGGCCAAAUCCCAGACCACCAGCUCCACAGGGACCACCGGGCUUCCAGAGGCCACCAUAUCAGCCCAGACAGGGGCAAUUCCAGCAGCCAGGUGCAGCCCCUGCUGCCCCAGUGCAGAAUGAUCAGAUGGCUGAACUGCGGGACUUGGUGGGUUCUCUUGCCAGUGUCAGUGCUCAGAAAUUCAACACCUUUGAGCAGUUCAUGGAGAAGGCCUCGGGUCAACUCCUGGCUCUGGAAGCUGGUCAGAGGAAUACACGGGCUGUUUUGCAGGAUAUCCAGACCCAGCUGGGGAGCGUGGCCCAGGCAGUGGCUCAAAGGGCUCCUGGUACUCUACCAGGGCAGACCAUCCCUCACCCGCCGACCCCGAAUGAGCGCUGCAAUGCCAUCAUGACCAGGAGUGGCAAGAUGACUGUUGAUCCCCCUGCUCGGGAACCGGAGAAAGAAAGCCCUGUCUUAGCGGCUCCAGUGGUUGAACAGGAAGUAGAGAAGGAAGUUGAGGUGCCUGCACCUAAACCGCAACCAGUAGUGAAGGAGUAUGUCCCUAAACUCCCUUUCCCUACUCGGUUGCACAAAGACAGGCUGGAGGCAGAGUUCGAGAACUUCAUGGCCAUGCUUAAGAAGCUGAAUGUCCAAGUGCCCUUCCUGGAGGCACUAUCGCAAAUGCCAAAGUAUGCGAAGUUUCUGAAAGAGCUUCUCUCAAAGAAGCAGAAGCUGAGUGAGCUGGCCACGGUAGAGCUCAGCGAGGAAUGCUCGGCUAUUCUGCAAAACAAGCUUCCGCAGAAGAAGAAGGACCCAGGUAGUUUUACUAUCCCGUGCUCUAUUGAUAAAUUGCAUGUAGAGAAGUCCUUGGCGGAUUUAGGUGCUAGUAUCAAUGUUAUUCCAUAUAAAUUGUUCAUGAAACUAGGCCUAGGUGAACCCCGUGCUACUAGGAUGACCCUUCAAUUAGCUGACAGAUCUGUAGUGCAUCCUAGGGGUAUAGUGGAAGACCUUCUGGUCAAGGUUGGCAAAUUCACAUAUCCCGUGGAUUUUGUUAUCUUGGACAUCAGUGAGGACACAGAAGUGCCUCUUAUACUGGGAAGGCCUUUCCUGGCCACCGCCAAGGCUCUCAUAGAUGUGCAUGAUGGGACCUUAGUUUUGAGGGAUGGCGAGGAGCGAAUAACGUUUUCUGUUGCUGAUAAUAUACCUGAUUCAUCACCUCUGCAUGCUGUAUCUCACCAGGAGCACGAGUCUGUCGUGUAUCCUUCUGUGCUGCCUAUUUUGCAGGAACCGCCUCCCACACCUUCGCCGCCACUCCGGACCACUCCGUCACCCAAAGAACAGAUCAAGGAGAAGUGGCGGCCGAAACUGCCGGCAGCUAAGCCUGCUCGAAAGGAAGCCGGAGACCACUAUGAGCUGGUCCCGCCCCCUCCUUGGCCAUCCGAGUAUUCACUCGCUUGCAUCCUACCGGAUGGCCAAGUUGAGCUGGCGAAUGCAGGUGGCCACAUUCGUCGCGUGCAUGGCCACCAUUUGAAGCUGUACCUCAAGAGCGAUGUGGAUCCGCUCUUGAAGGCACCUGAUCCUACACUUCCCUGAGCAUCCAUACUGGCGUCCAGCUAAAAGACGGUAAAGAAGCGCUUGUGGGGAGGCAACCCCACCGAGGUUUGCAUUUUCUUACUCUUUUCCCUUUGAUUUUGUGUGUUUUUGAGUCUUGAGACGUUGAUCCAGAGUUACGUGUCGUUUUUGAGCGAAAACAGGUUGAUUUCGGGACUCCAACAAGUCGCACGGCCAGGACCACAACUUGCACGGCCGUGCGGGCACCCCCCUUGGCCGUGCGAGCUCUCGGCCAAAAGCGCACGGCCAAAAUCGCUUA